AUGGAUGAUUUUAUGGACGAUGACGAAAUUCGUCAACCAGAUACCUGGGAAAUUAUUCGAAAAUAUUUUGAUGAAAAUGGUCUAGUCCAACAGCAAAGAGCUUCUUACAAUGAGUUCAUUCUACAGAAUGUCCAAGAAGUCAUUGAAGACUACAAAGGACAGAUUGAAGUCAUUGCUACUCCGCAGUACAAGCCAGGCACAAAACAAGAUUACAAACAGAAAAUUCAGGUUGACUUUGGUAGAGUCAGGAUCGCGCAGCCCAACAUCACUGAGGUGGAGGGCAGAAAAGAAAGAUUGCUUCCUUACAUGGCCCGUUUGCGAAAGUUGACCUACUCAUGCCAACUCUUUGUGGACAUCACGUUGAGAAAAUACAAGGUAGCGUCCGAUGGAUCCGAGCAGCUGGAUAACAUUGAUGAGCAUGAGAGGGUUCCUUUAGGUAAAGUUCCGGUUAUGCUUCGAUCUGAAGUUUGUCGUCUUUUUGGGAAAUACAAUAAGGACAUCAUGGACCUGAAGGAGUGCCCUCAAGAUCAAGGAGGAUAUUUUGUUAUCAACGGCAGUGAGAAAGUUUUGCUGGCCCAAGAAAGAAGGGCUAAUAAUCUUGUUUUUGUUUUCAAGAAGACUCUUGGAAAGUUUGCAUAUGUUGCAGAGGUUGGAAGUCAGGUGGAGAAAGGAAACAAACCACCUUCUACUCUCUACAUGAAGUUGUGGAAUAGAGAAAACAACGCGCGAUUUGGUGCUUCAGUUGUGCUCACACUGCCAUAUGUCAGGAAAGAGAUCCCGAUCGUGAUCGUUUUCCGAGCUUUGGGUAUUGAGAGUGACCGUGAAAUUCUUGAGCAUAUCGUUUACAACUUGAAGGAUGUCCAGAUGAUGGAGGCAUUGAGACCGUCGCUUGAUGAAGCAGCUCAGGGCAAAGAUCUUUCAACUCGUGAAGCGGCUUUGGAUUACAUCGGUAGGCGAGCCCUCGGGAUGACGACUUCACGUGAAAAUCGUAUUCAACAUGCACAUGAUAUUUUGAUUCGUGAGUUGCUGCCUCACAUCGGCAUAACAGAAGAAUCUCUCACUAAGAAACAAUACUUCCUCGGUUAUGUCUGUAAUCGACUCCUGGCAUGCUCUCUUGGCAGGAGGCAACCCGACGACCGUGACCACUACGGUAACAAGCGUGUAGAUAUGGCUGGUCCGCUUCUUGCCGGACUUUUCAAAGGGUGUUUCAAGCGCCUCGUGAAGGAAUUUCGGAAGUCACUUCAGGAUUCUCUGGAUAAUGGAAAGGAAGUCAACAUGAACACAGCCUUCAAGCAGGAUUUCAUCACCAAGGGCAUCAAGUACUGCAUGGCAACUGGUAAUUGGGGAGUGGGCAAAGCUGCUGUUGCUGGUCAAGCCACGCGGACUGGAGUGAGCCAGGUGCUCUCGCGUUUAACAUUUGCAGCCGCUCUCUCUCAUUUGCGAAGAGCCAACACACCUAUCGGCAAGGAGGGGAAAAUUGCACAACCUCGACAGCUGCACAACACACAAUGGGGUGUCGUUUGCCCAGCAGAGACUCCCGAGGGCCAGGCGUGCGGUCUGGUCAAGAAUCUUUCCCUCAUGACCUACGUCUCGGUCGGUGGCGCAUCGCAAGUCAUAAUCGAGCUGCUUCAGGCUGGAGGUAUGGAAGAGCUCGAAGAGUUGGCAUCUCCAGCUAUCUGUGCCAGCUCGCGAUUUAGCAAGGUCUUCGUGAACGGUGUCUGGGUGGGCAUGACCGACGAUCCCGACAACCUCGCGAACACGCUGCGAGAGCAGAGGCGUGAGAUGACGAUUGGAGGCAUGAUUCAUGAGGUCGGGGUAGCAAGAGAUAUUGGGGAACGUGAAUUGUUCAUAUCCACAGACUAUGGACGUCUGAUGCGUCCUCUGCUGAUCGUUGACAAAGAAACAGGAUUUUUGAACUUGAAAAGAUCGAACAUCAUCCACAUGACACAGAACGAGCAGACGACUUGGUCUGAAAUCUUGCGUAAGGGCUUCAUUGAGUACAUCGACGUGAUGGAAGAGGAGACUUGCUACAUUGCCAUGUUGGUGAAGGACGUUGGCAGCAACGACCUCUACCAAUAUACUCACUGUGAGAUUCACCCGGCAAUGAUCCUCGGUGUUUGCGCGAGUAUUAUUCCUUUCCCCGACCACAAUCAGUCUCCUCGUAAUACUUAUCAAUCUGCUAUGGGCAAGCAGGCUAUGGGCAUCUAUGCCACCAAUUAUCAGGUUCGAAUUGACACUUUGGCUCAUGUAUUAUAUUAUCCACAAAAACCACUUGUCAAGACGCAUUCCAUGGAUUAUCUCAAGUUCAGAGAGUUGCCAGCAGGGCAAAACCUCAUCGUGGCAAUCGCAGUAUACAGUGGAUACAACCAAGAGGAUUCUCUUAUUAUGAGCCAGUCAUCAAUUGAUCGAGGGAUGUUCCGUUCAAUGUUUUAUCGCAGCUACACAGACGAGCAGAAGACUGAGGGAGUUUUGUGCCUCGAGCAGUUCGAGAAGCCGCAGAGAGAAGAACUUGGCAGCGCAAGCUCGAGGGUGAAUUACGACAAGCUCGAUGUUGACGGCCUGGUGUUCCCAGCGCAGAAUGUUGAGGACAGGGACAUCAUCAUCGGCAAGACCACCCUUGUGACCAACUCUGAUGACUCGGACCAGGCGCAGAUCGCAGUGAAGAGAGACUCUAGCACUCGCCUGCGCCACAACGAGCACGGAGUUGUCGACCAGGUCUUGCUCACGACCAACAGUGACACUGGCCAGCGAUUCGUGCAGAUCAAAGUCAGGGCUGUCAGGGUGCCACAGAUCGGCGACAAGUUUGCGUCUCGCCACGGGCAGAAGGGGACCGUGGGUAUCACUUACCGUCAGGACGACAUGCCCUUCACCUCAGAGGGGGUGAGCCCGGACCUCAUCGUCAACCCUCACGCCAUCCCAUCCCGCAUGACCAUCGGGCAUCUCAUCGAGACCUUGCUGGGCAAGGUUGGAUGUUUGACCGGAGACGAGGGAGACGCGACUCCCUUCAACGAGGUGAACGUCAAGGACGUUUCUGACAUGCUCCACUCUCGCGGGUACCAGCGACAUGGCAACGAGCGGCUCUACAACGGCCACACUGGCCGUCCCCUCACCGCCCUUGUCUUCUUCGGGCCCACCUACUACCAGCGUCUGAAGCACAUGGUGGACGACAAGAUCCAUUCGCGAGCUCGCGGCCCGACGCAGAUGCUCAACCGGCAGCCCAUGGAGGGACGAGCGCGCGAUGGCGGCUUGAGGUUCGGCGAGAUGGAGCGAGACUGUAUGAUCGCACACGGAUCAGCCAACGUGCUCAGAGAGAAGCUGUUCACGCAGUCGGACGGAUACAUGACGCACAUCUGCCAGGAUUGCGGACUCAUUGCCAUCGCUAACCUUGACAGCAACCUGUACCGCUGCCCUAACCAGGCCACUUGCAGGAACUCGUCGAUCGGGAUGAUUGAGAUUCCUUAUGCAGCGAAAUUGCUGUUCCAAGAACUCAUGGCAAUGCAGAUUGCUCCAAGGCUCAUGACAUCUCUUCCGGGCAACUGGCGACUGUAUGACACCUGAGGGUCCUUACGAUCGCCUUUCAAUUCGAAUCGAUAAAGCAUCAAAGGGAG